CUCUAAUCCUUGCCCUCCCUAACCCUCUCUUGAGUUCAAGAACCGAAUGGUUUUCGUUGCUUCAACUUCGAUCUUCUCAUUGGGUAUAAGAGCAAAAAAUUGGCCAAGAAAAUCCGAACCGUGCCGGAACUGGACCGGGAUUCAUUGCCAAAAGGGUUCAGUUAUCGGAAUCAACAUUUCCGGUUUUAGAAGAACACAUAAAGCUAGUCUUCACCCAAGUUUCUCUGUUGAUGCACUUGCCAAUUUUACCCGUUUAGCUUCCUUCAAUGCUUCAGGUUUUGUGCUUAAUGGUUCUAUUCCUGAGUGGUUUGGUGACAAAAGCAAUAACAACUACCUUGGUGCACUCCAGGUGCUUGAUUUAAGUUCUUGCUCAAUAAUGGCUCUAUUCCUGAGUCAAUUGGUGGUUUGAUUUUGUUGAAGUCUGUGUUACUUUCUGGGAAUAGCUUAACUGGUAGAAUGCCUUCAGGUUUGGGAAUGUUGUCUAAUUUAUCUGUGCUUGAUCUCUCAGGAAAUGAACUUUCUGUGCUUGACUGUACUUCUCUUCAUUCCUCAAUCGAAUCUCAAACUGAUAAUAACACGAAAAAAGGAAGAAAAAAAUCAUCUUUUUAAUCUCUUCUUGAUUUCCACCUCCAAUAACUCAAACACCCAUUUUCUAUUUUUGCCAAAAUCUCAUUUAUUUCUAUUCUUUUCUUCUUGAGUCACUUUGAAACUGACACUUCUCCUAUCAACAGUAACACCUUAACUAUCCUCACUUUCAUCAGGGGGUAAGCUUCUGUUCGAGAUGAAUCGGAUUCUAAGACCCAGUGGAUACUUUAUUAUGUCGACUAAACAUGACAGCAUUGAAGAAGAAGCCAUGACUUCAUUGCCAGCAUCUAUUUGUUGGAAUGUUCUGGCACAUAAAAGUGACGACAUUGGUGAAGUUGGAGUUAAAAUAUAUCAAAAGCCUGAAGGAAAUGAGAUAUACGAAUUGAGGAUGAAGAAAAUUCCACCACUUUGCAAAGAGAGUGAAAAUCCUGAUGCAGCAUGGUACGUUCGAAUGAAGAGUUGUUUGCACAGCAUUCCAAUUGGAAUUGAACAACAUGGGGCAGAGUGGCCCGAGCAAUGGCCGAAGAGGCUUGAAUCAUAUCCUGACUGGAUAAGCAACAAAGAGAAAUUGGUUGCUGACAUGAACCACUGGAAUGCUGUUGUUAACAGGUCCUAUCUCAAUGGAUUGGGCAUUAACUGGCCGAUCAUCCGAAAUGUAAUGGACAUGAAAACCAUCUAUGGAGGGUACGCCUGCGAAACAACUCGAGUGCGCAGAUAAGCAACAGUAUUAGAGCAGUGUCCGAACUUGUUCAGUUGAUAUUAUAUGCUUGCUACUGCUCCUGCAAGGGAGACAAGAACAAUGAUGAGAGUGCCUUUGGCACAAAACCAGAAGCUGCGGUUCAACUCUGCUACUUCAAAUGGAAGGGUUGCAGUUCAAGUUUGAUGACGACAACUACUCCAAUAUCAAACCCUUUUGCUUUUUUAAUUUCUUUUCUGUUGUUUAAUAUUCGACCAAGACAGUAGCAAUUUAUAUUUUAUUUAUUGGUACAUGAGAGAGCUAGAUAUUUCUGUGUGCUACUCUCUUCAUGUGACUUUAUUAUUGUCAUUUCAUCAUUUCUAGUGAGUACUUUUGCA